AUGGCGUUCGCUUCAAGUUCGUCCUGCUCCCCUUUGGACAUAUAUCUGAAUAAUAUCGACACAUACAAGGUCAUAGUAGCGACAUCCACGAAUAACGCCGAGAAGCUGCCCGACGAUUCCCAAUUUAUUCCGUUGAUUGAAGAGUGUUGUUUUAACGUCGUGAACGCCACCUACCGACACAGACAUGUGGACCAAGUAGCAAUAAUCUUGUUCCGGUGUCCAAUUACAGAUAUUACAGAAUGUGAAAACGAGUUGAGAAGCAGAACACAGAACGUGUUUAUAUCUAAACUUGAGUCUCGUCCUUGUGGAGUUGUUGUGGUAAACAGUGAUAUCAUCGAUCGUGUGCGACUCAACACGUAUAUACACAGCCGGAAAUCUGGAAUAGGGCCAGACGCUAGGCCUGUAGUUGUCGAUGAAGGAACGUUGCUGAUUGUAAGGAUAGGGAGGAACAUACAAAAAGUGUUACAACAAGUAUUUUCCCGGUUUCACUCCGUCUCUGGCCAGCCUGUUUACUUUCAACCAUACUUUCCAUGUUUUCAUGAUACGGUUAUAGAACUUCUGAGAGUCGGUGACUCCCUUGAAGCCACCACAUAUCCAGGAACACCGUAUCCGGAUACGGAAAAUGACCCCUUGUCAUCUUAUCUGGAUUCUCGUGGGCGUGAUGGGUCAUAUUACCCGAGGAAUGGCAGUCGUGAUCGUUCCUAUUCCCCAGGGAAUUCUGGGCGUGACCUGUCUUGUUCUUGGAAUGGCAGUCGUGAUCGUUCUUAUUCCCCAGGGAAUGGCGGGCGUUAUCAUUCAUUUUCCCCUGGGAAUGUUGGGCGUGAUUGUUCAUAUACCUUGGGGAAUAGCAGGCGUUAUCGGUCUUAUUCCCCAGUUAAUUCUGGGCGUGACCUGUCUUGUUCUUGGAAUGGCAGUCGUGAUCGGUCUUAUUCCCCAGGAAAUGGCAGCCGUGAUCGUUCUUAUUCCCCAGGGAAUGGUAGUCGUGAUCGUUCUUAUUCCCCAGGGAAUGGCGGGCGUUAUCAUUCAUUUUCCCCAGGGAAUGGCGGGUGUGAUCGUUCUUAUUCCCCAGGGAAUGGCGGGCGUGAUCGGUCUUUUUCCCCAGGGAAUGGCGGGCGUGAUCGGUCUUUUUCCCCUGGGAAUGGUUGGCGUGAUCGGUCUUAUUCCCCAGGGAAUGGCGGGCGUGAUCGGUCUUAUUCCCCAGGGAAUGGUAGUCGUGAUCGUUUUUAUUCCCCAGGGAAUAUCAGGCGUGAUCGUUCUUAUUCCCCGGGGAAUAUCAGGCGUGAUCGGUCUUAUUCCCCUUGGAACGUUAGCCGUGAUCGUUCAUAUUCCCCUGGGAACCACAAACUGGAUUAUUCCCCUCGGAAAGAGGAGAGUAACUAUUCAUAUCCUCCUGAAAACGGAAGAGGUAACGGUUCAGAUUCACCAUACGAACCAUCCAAACCCGAGGGGAAUGGAAAAAGAAAGUCUUCUUGCUUUUCGUCGGAAGACGGAGGAAAUGAACGACGGCACAAUCAUUCACUUGACAGGAAAGGACAUGACCGAGCCAAGGGGUCUGACACUAGAGCCCGAAGCGGUCACAGUCGACCUGACGCCGUUGGACAUAUGGAUUUGAAGAAAUUUAAUGCUCGAGAUGAUGACAAAAAGGAAACCAUCAAAAUAGAUACGUCGUUAAUAUGGGCCGAUGACGAAGAAAAAAAUAUUGUUGCAGUGUGUCUGGAAUCUUCCCUUGGCAAACAGUUCAUUACCCAUUUCCAGAAAGAUGAGGACUGCGAAAUCGACGUCAAAUUUAAGCAGAAACCGAUAAAAAAAGUCAAGACCACUGGCAGAUCGGACGACUCCUCUGGUUUAAAGGUAUACCAAAAUAACAUCGGGGCUGCCCUUAUGCUUGGAUUGCUCAAUCCAGUUCUAUCCAUGGAACCUCUUGAUAAUGAAAUCGCCCAUAUACUUCAAAAGAAGCCAGAAAGACAAUCACAUUCACGGCAAACAACUCGAUCAGAUUCCAUUGAAGUCAACGGUACUAAGCUGUCUAUCAAAAAAGGAGAUGUCACUUGUGAAAAGGCGGAUGUCAUGGUGAGUGUUGUUAGUGAAACCUUGGAAAUCAAUGAGGGCUUGAUAUCUCGUGCAUACGCCAGGAGAGGAGGCGACGAACUCACUCAGAAUUAUGAGGUCGCCAAACAAAUGUAUGAUGACAAAGGAAUCAUUAUAUGUGACGGUGGCAAGUUGCCCUGUAAGAACCUGACCACAGUUGUACUUAAACCACGACAGGACUCAUCUUCUGACCAGAACUUUUCUCUUAUCAUAGAAUCAGUAUUUCAAAAGAGUGCACACCUUGGGUUUGAAACGAUCGUCUUACCUGUGAUGGGUUGUGGAAAAAUGCUUCAGUACCCUCUCGAUGUAGCUAUUGCUGUUACCAUUGAUACCUGCAUUAAAUUCUUAAAAACAGCCGACAAUAAGUUCAAGAAAAUGAAGAUUGUGGCGUUCGAUGACAAAGCCUAUAAGGAACUGGCGAAAAAAUUACAAAGCAAAGGGACGUCAUCACAGAAGACACAAGAAGCUUCUAGUAGGUCUCAGUCCUCCAAAGAGUUAUGCUCGAUAAGCCUGUCUGCGUGUGGCAGCCAGAAGGUAAAGAGGUUAGCACAAGAACUGACCCGCGCUAUAAAAGCUAACUUUCUGUCUUCCAAAUAUGUCCCAAUCCCUUCCAGUAUCUCCAUACGGAUCAAGACGAAGCUGUAUAUGAUUGCCGAGAAACAUACAAAGAUGCCCAUGAAAAUGGAGUUUGAUCAAUCAGGAAGAGGUGUUUUACUAACGGGAGAGAUGUCACAAAUGACAAAGGUGGCAAACGAUUUAACGAGGAUGUUGUCAAUAAGGGAUAUAUCUGGAAUAAGGAAGAGAUUGCGGUGUUCCCCUUCCAGCUGGUACAAUUUGGCACACGAUAACCCCAUCAGCCCUCCAUAUUGGUCUAACUUUAAAGCUAAUACCCCUUUGACAGUUCUCUCCAAAAAUAGUAGAUCAACAAAACGAUGGGCGUUAGUUCCCGCUGAUGAGCCUACUAGAAAGGCAGUCCGUGCAUUGGUCGAGGAUACUUGGGACGAAAAACUCGUGGGGCAGGGACGCGAUGCCGUCAAUCUUAGUCACAGACGAAUUAAGGUGGAAAAGGUAGAGCGUAUCGAGAACAUUGAUGUGUAUAAUAAAUAUGCCACAAGACGUCUUGACCACUUUCGAAUGCUGGCAGAAGAGGGAUCAAAAGUUUUGAAAUCACUCGAGGACAUGCAUGUACAAAACAAAGGCAAAAUAGCAACAACACCAAAAGAUGGGUCUGUGCUUUAUGAGGAUAUGUUCCCAGAGAUAAACGAACACUACUUCUUCCACGGCACGAAAUCCGAGGUCGUUCAGACAGUUCUUCGUCAGGGAUUAGACUGCAGGAUGAGCAAUGAGAAAGCAAUGCUUGGUCUUGGAAUAUACGGUGCUGAAACGUCAACGAAGGCGGACCAAUACGCAGAUAAUAAACUGCAGAGGACUACAGGAUCCAAGAAAAUGUUGCUGGUUCGAAUGUUGCUAGGCAACAUGUUCGUAUGCAAAGACCAUAACCCGAUGAAGUAUCGCCGACCGCCGUGUCGGAAUACCAGUUGUCUUCGAGACAAUUGUACGAGCGGCCAUGGUCAGUUCGAUUCUGUCGUUGGAGAUGGACAUUGGCUGUUUCGGGAGUUUGUAGUAUAUUCUGCUGACCAAUGCUACCCAGAAUAUCUUAUUACUUACCGCAGAGAAUAGAGUGAUUUUAAUAUGGAAUUCUAAUAUUCAGAACACUUUUAUUAGAAUAUAUCGGUUUCUGAUUACAGAGACUGAAAUGUAGGGUAUUCGUUGUGAAGGUCACCAAAACAUACCUUAAGAAAUAUCUAGAAGAAUACCUUUAACAAAACACUCACACACACACACACACACACACACACACACACACACACACACAUAUAUAUAUAUAUAUAUAUACUGUGACUUCUGACUUCGAACGUGACACUUUUUAUACAUGGCCAGGCAUCGAAGCGUGACAGAUGCGUUCUUCUUUGUAUCCCAGGUAAAGACAGCAGUACCGAAAGGUACACCAGUAUCCAUACUUAAUUAAUCAAACCUUAAAUGUAUGAUACUUCCCGAAACCACAUAAUAUUUUUAAACACUCAAAUAUGCCCUAGGACAUAUAAUGAUGUAACAAAUAGCACACUGGAACCAAGUCUUCUUUAACCUUGAAUUACACUAAAAUUGUAUGUCCAUUGGUUGAAAAGUUUUAUUUUUGAUGUAAAGAGUCACAUCUUAAGAUGCGCUUUACCGAAGUUGUAAUUUGAUAUGAUAGGAUGACGCUAUUUUAGAGUCAAAGACUCCAAUACUAAAGCUUUGUUGUCGUUGCAACUGGUGUUACACAUUUUUUCAGUGAUGGAAUGUUCUUUGUGUAUGUUGUGUAACGGCUGAUUACGGAUUAUAAACACAAAAAGUAUGGAUUAAACACAUCGAUUUGCAAUUCCGACAGCAGUUAUCAGUGACAGUCUAAAAUGGUGCAAAAAUCCCUACAUUUGAUUGUUGUUUUAAUUCAUGUAGCAAUUUGUGUUGAAGGAUGCAAAUCAGGUAAUCAUUAUCAUAGAUCAAAUUGCAAGCCUUAUUUUAAAGAUUUACUACCUCUGUUUUGGCUGAACGACACCCUUUGACAGUAUUGCGCCAUUUUCCUGGAUCAAAAGUGCUGGCCAUGCAGUAAAGUCAACUGUAGUUCCAUUACGUGUAAACCCGAUAUAGUACUUUGAAUCGAAAGAGUCUUCCUCUCCGGCCCACUUAAACACCAAUGGAGGAUCCUGUAUGUUCAUAAGCCACGUGAGAGAAACACACUGCGCCGCAAGUUCGUUUACCAUUCGCGAUCUCGUGUUGAAGAUAUUUUCCAUAUUUCGGCAGCAUUCUUACAAUAAGAUAUGUAUUACAUUUACAUGAUAAGAAAAAGAAAAACAGAAAAAUUGUGGUAUUCGAGAUUAAAUACAAUUAUAAUCUGCCAUCCUGGAAGAUUAAAAGGUAUUCCAGAAUUUUGUUUAAGAUUACUUUAACAGAAAUAAGAUAUACUAUAUUUUCUGAAAUGAUAUAUAAGGAAAAUCACAUUGUGAACUUUAUUUGAUUUUACGCAGUACAUAGUUAAUAAGAGGCUUGAGAAUUGUGCCACCUCUGUCACAACCUAAUAAUAAUUUGCAUUUUCAAUUGAAAUAAAUUUUAGAAAAAUA